AAGUAUUGCUCAAUUCUAGAAAUAUUAUUAUAAAUAUAUCCCUCACGGGCAAGUACUGUAAUUCACUUCCGAUUGAAUUUCAAUUCUGUCGAGCUUUCACUCAAUAAAUAAACUCAAUGCGUUUAGCCGUCUUACUGAACUCACUAACCCGUUUGUUUAUUUAUGUAUUUCUGCAUUUGUUUACAAACAAUCGCUAAAUAUUGCGGCAAAGCCAUGAUUCGUUGCAAAAUGACUGAUAACAGCGGGGCCUGCGCACUGCGGCCGCAACAACUGUCAAAUAUUGUGUGUUCUUUUAUGCAGCCAAACAAUAACUAACACCCCUAUCGCUAUACCAAAUGCAAAACUGGUGCACCAUAUGUGUAAUAUCUACAAAGUGAAAAUAAUCGAUUUUAACCGUCGCGAAGAUUGUACCUCGAAAUUUAUAGAAAUUUGUUAAAAAUACAUUUCAAAAUAAUCAUUGCCAAACGGAAGUGACACAAAAACAUAUUUUGGCUACUUUGUAUAUAAAUUUCUUUCUGUGGACCGUUAAAAUAUUGAAUUGGAAAAUGUAACUGUCCAAUAUCAGAUUUGGAGUUCACGGCCAGUUCAAAAACAGUUUUGAUGAGAAAGUGGAAAUGAAAUAGAUCUUGCUAUCCCAAACAGCACCAUCGUUUGUCUGUAAACGCUGCUACAAUGUCCAAACCGCCCACAGACACCUCCGGUCUGGGUUAUUCAUACCACCUGCCAUCCGGUGGUUUACUUUUACGUCUCAAGAAUUCCCUCUCACAAUUUAGCGAUCUGUUCAGUGAGUUCAAUAGAUACAUUGCGCCGGCCUACCAUCAUGACCGGUGCGAGCGUUCUGUACAUAUGCGCCUCUAUUCGAUGCAGAAGCGCGAAUUUGUCAUGGUCUUUUUGGGAUUUCUCAUAUGUUUCGGUUUGGCAAUUGUAAUUGGUCUCACCGGACCGCCCAUCACCAGCACAUCGGCAAUCACAGCCAAAAGUAUACUUGCAAAUACAUCGUUGGCUAAUAGUAAAACAGUGCUGGCCACAGGACCAUUUGCAAUGAAAUCACCACUGAUGACCACAUACUCGCAGCAACUGUGGCUAAUUGCCAAAUUAGUGACAGACAACAAUGAUGAUGAAAAAUAUGAUAAGAGUUUUCAAGUGAACAUCGGUAUAGAUGGCAUAACAGAGCAGCACAAGCCUCUGAGCAUUCUGCGCGCAGAUUCGGUUCGCAAUCGUACGCGUCACUUGUCCUGCAUUCGGAACGAUUGUGAGGAGUUUACUAUUCUGCACUUGGGAUUUAUAGAAUAUGCGCAUUACAUCAUCACUGUACGCUUCUAUGGGCUGGAGACAUUCCAUCUGAAGUACAAUAUAAGGAGUAUAACCUUUUACUUCAAAACAUAUAGUCCCGAAUUCACACAAAUUGAAAUAUGGUUCCGCUUCAUAUUUCUUCUCUUCACAUUCAUUGUAAUUUGCUGGUAUGCGCACACAUUACGUAAAUAUCCCAUCUACGAUUGGUCCAUCGAACAGAAAUGGAUGUCAAUAUUGCUGCCACUGCUCCUAUUAUAUGAUAACCCUUUCUUUCCAUUGAUUUUCCUGAUGAACUCUUGGCUCCCUGGCAUGUUGGAUGCCGUGCUGCAGGCCACAUUCCUCUGCUCGUUGCUGAUGUUCUGGCUUUGUAUAUACCAUGGCUUACGUCAAAACGAAAGGCGUUUCAUAAGGUUCUACCUGCCAAAGGUCAUCGUUAUACUACCUAUAUGGUUGUGUGCCAUUGUAUUGGCCACUUGGGAGAAAUGCAACGAACUACGCGAUCCCACCUACAGUCACUUUGUGGACACUCGAAAUUAUAAUGGCUUCAAGCUGUUCUUCUACAUUGCUGGCUGUAUGUAUAUACUGUACCUGGCCUUAUUAGUUUUACGCGCCUACACUGAGCUUAGAUCGAUGCCUUACUUUGAUAUGCGUCUGAAAUUCUUAACGCUGUUAAUGCUUUUCGUCAUUUCGAUUUCGAUAAUUGUCACAACGUGCCGCUUUGGCUUCGGUAUAUUGGAGGAUAAUUUUGUGGCCACACUUAAUACCACCUAUCAAAGCUCGGCGCAGUUUAUGUGUUUCUAUGGUCUUUUAAACUUCUAUCUGUAUACCAUGGCGUAUGUUUAUUCGCCAAAUGGACGCUUUUCGCAAGAAAUCUCUGUUACCAAAGAUAAUCCAGCAUUUUCGAUGAUUAACGAUUCUGACGAGGAGGUAGUUUAUGGCUCAGAGGAUGAAUCACGACGUCCUCUUACCGUUGGAAACAAAAAUGAUUAUGAUAGCGAUUAAAUAGCUUUCAGAUUUUCGUAAAAGCUAUAUGUAUACAUAUAAUAUUAUAUAUAAGCAGAUAAUAUUAGAAAACAAUAAUUUUUGGGUAGGCAAAGAAGAAUAUAAGAAUUUUGUUUUUCCAACUCGUUUGUGCCAUUGAGUAAAUUUCUUUUAUGGUUUGAAUUUACUUUGCACAAAUAACUAUGUCCUAUUUUGUUAAUUAUUUUAUAUUAUAUUUGAAAUUAUUUUCAAUAAACUAAUUUUUUACUUUUUAUUAUUUAAUCUAAUCUAUUAUUUGUUCUAAUUUAUUUAUUUAUUUACUUUUUUAUUACACCUUAUUUUAUUCAAAUUUAUUAUAUUUUUAUUUAAUUUUAUUUAUUUUAAAUGCUCAACAAAAAUUUUUAAUAUAUAAUUUUUUAACCCAGCUUCCCUAAUUUUGUUUCAUGACUUACCUGUAAAACUGCUACUGAAUAGAAAUAUUUAAAAAAAUGUUUAACAAUCCGUACUUCAUUCAUACAAUAAGUUGUAAAAACAAAUUAACUGCACAUGAAUUCAAUAGCUAUUCAAUUAUGAAGUUCAUCUGAAAUACUGGUAUGAUGUAUUAAACUACAUACAAGAAAAGCUACUGUUAUUCCUGCUAUAACAAAACAUUAUUUGUAUUUGCAAAACAUUACAAAUGACUAAUAUACACAUAUAUACAUACAGCCUUGAUAUUUUAAUCAUAACGGAUUAAAAACAAAAUAAAAAUGUAUUGAUUUAAAUCGUCCGUUAUAUAGCUUCCAGGGAAUUUUAAAAUCACAACAGUUUGUCCGUCGUGUUCUAAAUAUUUUCUACACGACUACGGGCUUCAAAUAACAUGUUUUUGCUGUCAGAGAGCGUCUCCAGCUCCGGCAGCCCUCCGGUUGUACAAGGUACAAAAUUUUCAAAUAAUGAGAUUGACUCUGCUGUAGAGGAAAUACGCAUGUGUUACGCGCCAGCGUAGAGGCGUGACACAUUCUCUUUCUCGCGCUGUAGUGCGGCUAACAAAUUACUUUUCGACAGUUUUCGUAUCGUUAACUAACGAUUGCGUCAAUUUUCGUUAAUUGCAAUGCUCGAGCACAUUUUUAUCGAUUGAGAGUUUUAUAACGACAAUAGUUAAUAGCUUAACAACGACUAAUUUAAAGU